AUGCAGCGCGAUCGCGACCGUUAUCCCCUUCUCCCAGACAGACCGCUUCCACGGUCCUCGUCCUUCCUCCAUGGCCUGCCACCGCCCAUUCCCGCUAGUCCACGCGGGUACUAUCCUCCAUCCCCGAGUCUCCGGGACGUCCGUGACGCCCCAUCGCCCUCAGCUGGUCUUGCGGGCGGCGGCCUCACCGAUCCCGGAGCAUGGAGCAGCAACGCCGCCAGCUCGUCGUCCAUGAACAACAACGCCCCGGCCACAUCUCCUCCCGGACAUGACAUGCGGCCGCUUCCCUCUGGCCGCAACUCGGGGCACUGGAGUCCUCCCGUCCCGGGCGUCAGUCCACGCUAUUCCGACAGACUGCCCAGCUUGACAGACUAUGCACCAGCUCGUCAUGGGUGGGAUGGUCCAGCGGCACAUCCACAAGGGUACGCCAAGCCCGAACCAUAUCGUCAAGAGGAUGGCCCUGUUCCCCCAUACUCUUCUGCCGGCCCUCCGCGCGACCAGUUGUCCAGCAGCGGAGGCCAUCCUCCGCCGCCUGGCAUUGUUAAUGGCCAGAUGUCAAUGGCCCGGCCAGAACCUUCACCUAUCCAGGGUGUGACGGCGCCGCAACAGUCCAGCUCAUCGCGGUCGUCCAACAACUCCAAACACGCCGCCGCUCCGCUACCCGACGGCGCCGAACCACCAAAGAAAAAGAAGCGGCGUCAGGCCUUUUCGUGUGCAGAGUGUGCCAAGCGCAAGCAGAAAUGCAACCGCGAGACUCCUUGCCAGCACUGUCUGAGCCGCAAGAUCCCUGGCGACCGCCCGGUGACAAGCUCGUCGGGAAUCCUUCCCACGAUGAGCGUCCGCGUUUCCAAGCUCGAGAAGAUGAUGAACGCAGUCCUCGACCGAAUGGACGGCGUGGAUUCGUCAUCCCUGUCCGAGUGGCGCCAAUUCCAUCCGCAAGCCAAGGACUCUCAAGACCGACCGCCCUCGGCACAACUGGGGCGUCCGCUACCAGACUCGGGUUCGGCUGGUGGACUGUCUGCCCCGGCUGCAGUGGCACGCUCCGAAACGAACGAGACAAACGACACAAACACGGAGAGUGGAGAGGAGGCCUGGGUUGGCGGUCUCGACCGCGGUACAGCGAGCCGGAACCCUUUGCCUCGCGGUGACGAAAAUGGGCCCAUUCGUCUCGGCCUCGAUUAUCACGGUACCGUCGGCGAACAGCUGGAACACAUUGUGGAGGAGGGCGCAUCGAUCACUUUGCACAAGUCAUUGCAUGAUCUGCCUGCUAAAUCCCUUGCCGACCAAUUGGUCGGGUUCUUUUUCGAAAAGGUCAACCACGUCCGCUACCCCAUCGACCAGAGACUGUUUCGUAAAGCGUAUGAGGCGGUUUACGCCUCGCGAGGAGAAAUCACGCCCGAGUCUGUGUUGGCUCUGCCCCUCAUUUUCGCCGUUCUCGCCAUUUCACUGCGUCUGGUGCCCUCUGACUGGGCCGGGCAAGAAGAGGAGCGCCGGAAAUUGAGUCUCAAGUUGUUCUGGGGAGCUCAGUUUGGGAUCAUGAUCUCGACGUCUCUCAAUGCCGAAAACCUCCAGCUCGUCGAGGCCCGCAUAUUGCUCGGCUUGUACUUGGUCCUUGUCCACGAACGCCGCCUGGCUGAGGGCUGGCUGAUGUUUAGGGCAGCUGUGGCGACCGGCUUGGCGAUUGGGUUGCACCGAGAUGGGACUCGGCUGCGUCUUGAUCCGUAUACGGUCGAGUACCGCCGGCGUCUCUGGUCAUACCUGUGUCAUGCCGACGCCACGUACUCUUGCCUGAUCGGCCGCCCGCCUACCAUCGACCCCAUGUUCUACGACACGCUGCUGCCGAGCAACAUCAACAUGUACGAGCUUGAACAUUCCGCCACGCUCAAGUCGAAACCGCUGUCAGAGCCGACGUUUGCCACCUACCUCAUCCUGCGCAAACGCCUCGCCGACAUUGUGGCUCGUAUCGUUCGCAGCUUCCAGCGCCUCCAUGGCCGGACCCAGUACCAGGACGUCAAGCACAUUGAUGCCGAGCUCAAGAAGCUGCGAGACGAGCUUCCGCCCGCUUUCAAGAUGCUCAACCCGGACAAGUCGUUUGACGGUGACCUCUGGUACUUGCCGACGCACAGGUAUUAUAUUCAAACGGAAAUCUUGCACUACACGAUCAUUCUCCAUCGCCCGUGGUUCCUGCGCCAAAUCCACAACGACCGCUAUUCGGUGUCGCGUCGCGCUUGCUUCGAGGCCGCAGUGACAGAUUUCAAAAUACGCCAGGCCUUUCACACGGAGACGCCCAACUUUUUCGAGACGCUCCUCGGCGGCUCGUUCCGCGAGUUUAACACGGCCAUGAUUGCAGGUAUCUGUCUCCUCCUCGAGCCCCACUCGUCGCACGCGAGUGACAUGUGGAACAUCUUGGCAAACUUCAUGUCCCACCACCCGCACAGUGCCGAUGAGUUUAGCAAAAAGGAGGCGGAAAUUAUUUACACCCUCCAUAAACGCGCGACGGCGUUGCAGCAGGCGGACCCACCCAAGGCGGCCCACCCGCUCGAGACACUGUCGAGUGAGCGUGUCUCGAACGCGCGCACUGAGCGGCGUGGAUCGCUCGCUGCGUCCCGUCCCGGAUCUGCAGAGGAAGGCAGCGCACCGAGCGCUGGUGGCCUACACACACCAGCGUCAGAGUCGGGCGUCAGGCAGGACGACCAGGUCCAGGUCCUCUUUGACCAGUUUAUGGCGGCCAACUCGGAGUACGACCGGGUCGCACCUGGCGUUGCGUCGGCAUACGACUAUGGACCUGUUGGCAGCACACACCUAGGCGCUAUCGGCGUGCCUCCGCCGCAGAUGGCGACUGCCGCUGUGGACCCCAAUGCAGGCCAGUACACCUGGAACGCGGGAGACGGCGUCAACGUCGUUGGCCAGCCGGCUGCGCCUCCGGCGACGCAUAAUGGCUUCUACCCGGCGCCCCCGGCCGCGGUGCCACUUGGCGCCGACCCCAACUCGAGCCAGUUCUGGAACACGUUUGUCGACGUCAUGUUCGAGCAGACGGGGCUCAUGUAA